AUGAAGAAAUCCCUGUCGUCUUGUAAGUGUGAUAACUGAUUUAAUGAUCCUAUUUCCUUAAGAAGUAAUUUUCUCUCCUCGAAUUUCUCUACAGCGAUAUGCAUGCUUACGGCAAGGUCUAAACCGGUCGAUGUUGUUUUUAACAUCAGUACAUGGGCUUUUGUUUUCUAAUGAUCUCUUGGUCUUUAAUGUGGCACUAAUUUUUACGCUUAAUUUUCCAGUUAUGCUCAGAAUUUGAAAUUGAAUAACGUCAUCAGGUUUUUCAAUCGUUUCCUUUAAUUUCGCCAUUUAUAGAAAUUGUCUCACGCAUGAUACUUCAAGCCAGGGACCUGAACGCUUUUACGUCACACUUAAAUGGAGUUGAUAUUGUCAACGUUGAUAAAAUUCUUUCAGCAGAUCACCACUAUUGCCACGAAAUACUUGAAACAUUUUCAUUUUUGGAAUAGUUUCUCCAGUAAUCGUACUUUGUAUGCGUAUGAACCUACUUAUCAAGAUUUUGUCUUUUGUUAGCUUCCGCAGCUAUUUGCAUUAGCGUAUUUUGGCAAGCUCGCAAACUUAUUUUGUAAUAACCAUUAAUUCUAGAAUUUCAAAGGUAACGAUUUAAAAACAUAUAAAUUCAGAGAGUAUUUCAGGGUUUUUUUUAUUAAAUAAUUAAUGUAGAUAUAAAUUGCAUGUUUUUGUGUUAGCUCCUUAUUAUGACCGUACGAUAGUACGAAAGAUAACCUCAGUUAACCGUGAUAGUUUUUGUGGCAAUAAAUCCAACCUUCUUUUAUUUCAAUCACUGGCUGGUGAUUUGAGGAUAACUUUCCGUUCAUCGUUUUCUUUGUUGUAACUUUUAACGACUAUAAAACCUAAGUUUUUUCGUUUGUCUCACGAUGUAGUCGCUUGUGAUUUAGAUCGCAACAAAAAGUUUUGAGUUUUCAUUAACAAUUUUAAUGACUACUUCAGCUGCUCUUUCUCAAUAGAAAGUUAUUUGGAAAUAGCACCAUAGUUUUACUUUAGUCUGUGCUCUUGGUUACUUUAUUGUUUUCUUUGCAUUUUUAGGCUCUGCCGAAGUGUCAACAUGGGGAAAUUAUUAUCAAAAAUAUUUGGUAACAGGGAAAUGAGAAUUUUAAUGCUCGGUCUUGAUGCUGCCGGGAAAACAAGUAUCCUACCAGAGAGCUGUAAUUAAUGUUACAUGACUUUGUAUGUUUUGUUUAACAAAUGGAUUCCAUAUUGUCUUACGUCUAUUUCAUAUUAUAAAGCAUCAAAUAUUUUUUCUCAUGUGCAGUUGGUCCAAAUGCAUGACAUGAUCAUACACCCUAGCUAAAACUGGGGAUUAUCUGAGGAUGAACCCCCAGUGAUUUCCCCUGAUUGUCAAAACUUGCAUCUCCUACCACUAAAGAGUUUGUAUCAAAUUUAAUUCAAGAUUAAAGAGCAUUUAGCCGUUGGUACAGAAGAAGAGACAUUUUUUUUUUUGUUCACGACAUUGCAGAAGGUAGGAAACACUGAAAAAUAAAGACCUCAUACAUCAAACAGAAAGCUGUUUGCAGACAUUUUUCUUGCAUGUUGCAAAAAUAUUUAAAGAAUGAUGAACACAAUAGCCUCCAUUUAGUGUAAAAGUAUGGUUGUAUAUUUGUCCUUGGACAUUAUCUUUCUCAAAGUCCACAGUUUCUUCAAGUUGAGCUCUCAGAGCUAGUAAUAUCUGCAAAAAAUACCUGUGCCUAUCUUUGUGCCAAAUGGAGGCUAUUGUUUUUACAGUAGGGUCAAAAUGUGGCACUAACUAAAAAUUUGCUCACUAAGCACAGCUGAGUGUGUCACUGAUUUUCUCACCACAUUUUCACAUUUUCUGUGAUCUUUUACUGAACAUACCCUCGGCAACAUAGAAUCUAUUUGUGUUAUUUGAUUAAAACUAAAAUGUUGUUAAUGGUAACAUAAGCUAUGCCUCUGUCCUCCAAUAGAUCAUAACAAAGAAGUAAUCAAAAUGUAUGUUUAAUUUGGCCUGUCAUGUAAGUAAUGGUAUAUGAAGAUAGCCAGUGCAGGACAGUUGUGCUACCAGACUCUUAUUUCUUUCUUUAUUUGACUCCUGCACAUUGCAAAAACAAGUAAUUGUUUUAGCUAGAUUGAGAUUGGUUACACUGGAAUUAGCUGGCAUGAGAGUAAGAUGCAGUUGCAAGUUAACCUUUUAGAUCCAGAGCAAAAGAUCUAAAAAGGCAUGCAGAGAAAAAAAAAUAAUACUUUUACUCAUUCAUCAAUUUUAUCUUUAAUUUGAAUUUCCCUUGUUUAGAUAAGGUCUUGACAGCUUGUCAUGUACAGAGUAUCUGUAUGUGUAUGGUGCAGUUAAGUGUUUUGCCAAAUUUUUAAAAGAGGCUAAGCGAGAGUUCUUUUGUGGUAUCAGGUUGUUGCUAUUUGGGUAGAAUUUUUUAUAACAACCUUACUGUUGCUUAUUUUUGCGGGAACUUAACCACAUGAAUGUGGAACAGACAAAGUCAAGUGGUGGUUAAUUUUUGUUGAAACAUUUUUUUUAGGGUCUUUAAUUUUGACAUUUUUCAACAAUUGCAGAGAUUAAGUACUGCAUAAAUAUAUAAAAUUAAGGUACUUCAGUUCAAGAAAUUAUUUGUUGCCAAAAAAAAAUGAUCUGGGAUGUGCACCAUAUCUUCUGUCUGUAACUGAUUUAUGCAUCAUGAAAACAUGUUACAUGCUAUGAUGCAGAUUUGCUCAUAGCAGCUUUUCCCCUUCCUUCAACUUUUCAGCAAUGAAGGAUUUUAUUUUCUACAUUUUGUACUUCACUGGUCUAGAAACUAUAAUGAAAACCAUUAAAGAGUAAAGAUAUUUUACCUUUGCGAACUAAACCACCAACAUUCCAGAAUUUGAGGAUAUUGUUUAUCAUCGUUUGAACAGGAUACUAUGACUUUGUUAGCAAAAUAUUAUUGUAAUUCUUUGGGGUUUUUUUUUGUUAUUGUUCUUCCAUGUUUUGGUAUUCCUUAACUAAAUACAGCUGUAUUAUACAAACUUAAACUUGGACAAUCUGUGACAACAAUACCAACAGUUGGGUUCAAUGUAGAGACAGUAUCCUACAAGAAUGUAAAGUUCAAUGUUUGGGUAAGUAGAAAAUUGUGUAGCUGUUAAUCGUUGGUGUUUGGAGCACUUAAUUUUCAAUGUUAUUGAAAGUUAUGUUGUGCACAGCUGAUACAUACCCAUUUGAUUACAUGCUAUGAUCAGGUAGUUAAGUGAAUUUUAUUUCCCAACAUAUUUUGGUCUGUAUGUUCAACAAAUAUGUUUUUUUUUUUUUGUCGUUUUAGUUCAAGAUAUAUUAGACUACAAGUACAAACCCACAUAUUAGUGAUGGAUGUAUAAUUUGUUUUUUUUGCUCCUUAAGACUACAAUAUUCUUAGCUUGCUUUUCAAUUGUUGUGCAUUUGUGCAACAUUUUGCUUGUAAUGUAUGUUACUUGUGGUUAAGCCAUACAUAGAUAAUAUGUCUGUUGAAGAAUUUACUGUAGUUGAGUUGGGUGAUCUAUAAUUAAAUAUAAUUUAGGAAACAUUGAACUGCCUCUGUCUGGUUCAGUGGUUGUAAUGAAAUUUCAUACAAAUUUGAAACUGCAAGUUAUUGUAUGUGUAUUGUAAGUCAAGAACAUUUUAAUCCUUUCACUUCAGGACGUUGGUGGACAAGACAAAAUCCGUCCUUUGUGGCGGCACUACUAUGCUGGUACACAGGGUUUAAUAUUUGUGGUUGACUGCGCUGACCGUGAGAGAAUUGAUGAGGCCAGGCAAGAACUCCACAGAAUCAUAAAUGACAGACUCAUGAAGGAGGCUAUUAUUUUAAUAUUUGCUAACAAACAAGAUCUACCAGAUGGUGAGUUAAGUUGCGGAGGUUGUAUUUAGGACUGCAUUUAAAGACACAGCUUUUUAGAGCUGUCUCUCUGUCAUUGUUGUAAGGAAAAAAAUAAAACCAAAGUAUCAUGUUAUACUACCCCUACUGUCAUGGUACCACACACCUUCUUUGGGAGAAAUGUCCUAUAAAAUCAUUUAAAUUCAGGAUUCAAAAGAUACUGCUGAUUGUUGUUGAAACAGAAGCUCUUUUUAUGGUCAUAAACAAAAUACAGUAUUCUUAAAGCAAAAUACAACAGGCCAUCCUACAUAGCAUGCUAUUGAAGCAGUGGAUGCCAUUCUAUCCUAGGGGACUCCCUGACCCUUUUAAUGCACCACUUUCACAUUUCAUGACCAUCCACACAUACUCUUGGGUGUAAAUGAAGAGGAUUGUCUUAGUCAACAUUCAUUCUUGCAAUAAUCAGGUCUCACUCUUAGACUCACGAUCUUCUGUUUUUGUGUACACUCAUGAAUGGAGAAAGGCAGCAUGUCUUGGUCAAUUUUCCUCCUCUCUAUAGUUAGGGCUCAAUCCCAAACCCACAGGCUAUUGUCAUUCAUGUAUACUCCAGGAUGAAGAAAGGCAGUUUCUCUUUGUGAAUUAUCUUUUUUCCAUAGUCAGGGCUCAGUCCCAGACCCACAGUACAAUGCUAGUUAUGUAUUACUUAGGUGAGUGCUUUUUUUCUUCUCUCACUCCCAUGUGUAAUCUCUCAUUUCAGCAAUGAAACCUCAUGAAGUACAAGAAAAACUGGGUCUGACAAGAAUCCGAGAUAGGAACUGGCAUGUGCAGCCAUCAUGCGCAACAACUGGUGAUGGUCUCUAUCAAGGAUUACAAUGGCUAAGUUCUAACCACCGAACAUAAUGCAUACCCAAUAUGAUGGUCAAUAUUUUCACAAUAAUUAAAAAUUAAUUCUUGAGUUCUUUUAAAACUGUUCCAUAUCUGAAACACUACACAAAGUGAAUUCAGGGAGGCAGAACCAGUUAAAAUUGAAAACUUUAAAUGAAGCAUUGACAUUUGACUGACAUACUGCUGUGUAUAUUACACAGUGUACUGCAGUAAUGCAGCAAAGAAUGGUUUGCUAUUCUCUUCUGUAUUGGGACCAGUUUGAGGCAUAUGAUAAUUAAAGGAGGAGUAAGAGAGUCAGUAAACAGCUACUUGUUAUUCGUAAUGUCAUUAUUAUUAUUGUAGUGCAGCUUAAGUAUUUGGUGAACUGAAGGUGGCCUCAGAAUACUGUCCAAGUAUGUUAUUUAUUGUUUCUGAUAUCACUGAAUUUGCUUUUGGAAUCAAAAGGUGAAGCAAGCUUUGCUUUCUAGAACAACAUUUCAAUACUAAUGAAGGCAUCAAGCUGUAACCACCCUCAGCCUUUGCUGAUUCUUUUAAAGUAUUUUCCCUAUAAACACUUUAAUGUUAUAGUUAAAUAGGAAAGCUCUUUGUUAAGAAAAUGAAAUUCAAGAAGAACCCAAACUGGAUUCUUGAAUAAUUUUAAGAAACAAUGUGGACACAUUGUAAAAUCUUAAGGAAAAUAAUGAUUUUCAGAAGUAAAUGUUGUUAAGUUACUGUAUUGUCUAAUUAUGUUAUUCACUUGAUGUUAAUAUUCAUUAUUAAUCAUUCUUGACAUCCUGAACUUUAGUGAGGACUAAUUUGAGGACUCACCAGUACUACUUUUUCUUUUGGUAGCCUGUUCCUGGCAUUCAGUCAGUAAAUGACGCUUGAUGGCAAAGAGCACAAAAGUAGUGGAGGAGUAGAAUAACAAGAGAAGUUUGGGUCAUCCCAAAAACUUUUGGCCUGACCCAAACCUCUCUAAUUUUCCAUUUAUCUGCUACUAUGGCCUUGUUUGCUUUUUCACUUCAUAUUAUUAAUUGAAUGCUGGGAAAAGAAUAAUUUUUGGUAGUUCUUUUGUUACAACACUAGCAGAAGAUAGCUGUGGAAGGUCAAAUAUCUUCAUCAUUUGUCUUUUGUUUGUCUUUGUUUUUGCACCAUAAUGGAUUUGAUCUGCUUAAUGAGGGAGACAAAUUAGGCACCUUAAUUCAGUGAUUUUACAUUCCAUUGAGCAGCAAAUAAUUGUCUUUGUAUAGGCAGAGUUUCUGUUAUGGUGCAGUUGUUAAUGUCAUAAUGAAUUUUUUCUUCUGCAUGAUAGUAAGUAAAAAUUUACAUUGCAUUUUCUGAUUUUUAAUCAGACAGUAAUUGAUACAAAAUAAAAUAAGUAUUUGAAUUAAGGAAGUUACCUUUUUUCAAUGGUCACUGGGAUGUCCUGGUGUGUUUACAGCAACUCCCAGUUGAGAAAGAAUACCCUUGUUUAGGGUUGGUGUUUGUAAUUAAAAUAGAUUUUUUACACACUUGUUCCUUCAUUCAUCAUAGGUCAAAUUAACAAUGUUAGUUCAACUUAGCAGGGUGUGAUUUGGUCUGAAAUCAUGAUCUCAAAAUCAAACAGGUGUGCAGCACUGGGUUGAUUUGAAAUUACAAGUAUGAUUUCAAAUCAAACUUGCAUAACAUGAAGUUCAAUUAGUACUAUAUACAUUUCAAAAAAAACAAAAUUCCGUCUCUCUGAUACAAGAUUUAUUAGUCGGUAAAAUGUUAUGUUGACCAAGUAGGUUGUUGCUGGGUUGUAGAAAGUUGCAAAAGCUAUCAUUCUUUUUCCUGAUAUUUGAUUGGUUUCCUUACACAAGUGAUUGGUUGUUUUAUCUUAGUUAAGCUUCCUCAUUGGCUGGGAAAAAAGUAGCGACGAUUAAGGACAAACGAUGUUGGGAUUUGUGAAUGAAUUGCACCAAUGCAGCCAAUCAGGUUACAAGGAUCACAAGUGAUUUUUAAAUGGUGAAAUUUAUAUUUUUUUAUAUAUUUAUGCCAAUUUGUAACAGCAUCAAACAAUGGCCAUCUGCUCAAGCCACUAGGCAGAACCGCUAUGUUUACCAGUGAAUUUCUAAGGACUGAAAUUGGGCAUAUUCUGAUCAGGGAGAAUGAUUAUCCUGAAUUUAAACUUUGUAUUGCUGGAACUUGUUAGGAGUAUGAAUAGUAAGGAGUAGUUCAAUAUUAUCCUUUCAUCUUUUGUUAAAGGGUUUGUGCUUAAGUUGAACAAAAUAGAAUUCAUACCCUUCUAAGGCUAAAAUGAAAUAAAAUCAACCUAGAUAUUGCAAUGUUCACUGUCUGACUGAUAGACUAGUUUCCCGGCAGUCAGGAAUAUUCUCCCAGUUCCCACAGAAUACCUCAUGAAAAUUAUUUGGUUUUUAAGUGGACCAACAUUUUGCAAGCUUGUGUAUACCAUAAGACCACAAGGGCAGAAUUUAUCACAAACCCAGUGAUUUUUCGUUGAUUAAAAAUCCAAAACAGUUUUUGGAUCACUUUACAUUUCUUAACGGACAUCUGAUAACUGAAAUAAGUUUGAAAGAACCAGUCAGUAAUCAUUUUGAUUACUGACUGGUCCCCUGAUGUGAGCGCGCAGAUGCUGCUUGUUUUAUAAUUAAAUGAUCUAUAGCUUAAAAGUUAAACUGUAGUCGAAAAAGUAGUGGUUUAUGGCCAACUUGUUACAGGCCUGUAGAAAUAAAGUCAACUGGUGUCCCCCAAAUCCAACCUUGU